AUGAAUGGCUACGGAUCGCCCUACCUGUAGGGGGGCCCGGUGACCCAGGCCCGAGCGCCGCUCCAGAGGACCCCCAAGUGCGCGCGGUGCCGGAACCACGGCGUCCUGUCCUGGCUGAAGGGCCACAAGCGAUACUGCCGCUUCAAGGACUGCACCUGCGAGAAAUGCAUCCUGAUCAUCGAGAGGCAGCGGGUCAUGGCGGCUCAGGUGGCGCUCCGCAGACAGCAGGCCAACGAGAGUCUGAGAGCCUCAUCCCAGGAGUCUCUGAGAGCUCUGCCCGGCAUCACGGUGCCUGGACCCGGAGGGAACAAGGGCUUGCCACACCGCUCUGGAGGAAUGGACCUCCUAUGGACCUCGAAACAGACUGCCAACACGCAGGUCCUGACUGAGGACGCGUCGGGGGAUCACUCCGGCGGGGAGAACGGUGGUGGUAGCGGCAGUGAGAAGGACCAGGACCCUAGCAGCUCCCCCGAGGGCUCCAAGCCUUCUUGCUACACCCCCGAGCCCCCGGACACCGCGAACCAGGCAGAGGAUUGCCGCUACAGCUUCCCCUUGCCCCUCUCCAGCCUCCCUCUCCCCCUGGCCUUCCCCAAGACCUGCAGCACCUCUCCAGAGCCUAAGGCAGACAGCCCCCCUAAGGCCUACCCCGGGGUUGGGGCAGGCGGGCUACCAGGGGACCACAGCCUGGUGAUUGAGGGCCUGUCUGGGUCUGUCUCCCUCCCCUUCAACCUGCGAGCCAACCGGCCACCCCUGGAGGUGCUGAAGAAGAUCUUCCCAUCCCACAAGCCCCCGGUGCUGGAAUUGAUCCUGCAGGGGUGUGGAGGGGACCUGGUGGGGGCCAUCGAGGUGCUGCUGUCCAGCCAGGCCCAGGAGGCCAGGGGGGGUCAUCCCCACAGCCAGAACCCCCACCCCGACACCCUGGUCCUUCCCUCCAACGGCCACCUCCUGGACCACCCCCUGGGGUCCUACCACCCUCUGGCCUCCUCUGCCAAGUGGUCUGUGGGCUCUGCCUUCAGGGUGCCUGAGUCCCUGCGCUUCUCGUCUGACUCGUCGUCCGGCCCCCUGGCCCUACACCCUGGGUCUUUCCCCCAGCCGCCCCGCUACCCCCUGAUGCUAAGGAACUCUCUGACCCGCGGCGGCCAGGCCGGACCCUUCUGCAACGACGUGACGCUGUGGAACACGAUGACGCUGCAGCAGCAGUACCAGCUCAGGUCAGCUCAGUACGUCUCUCCUUUCUCCUCCGCUGGGGUCUUCCAACGCUCUCCGCUCCUCUCCUCCUCCUCCUCCUCCUCCUCCUCUCCGCUCCUCUCCUCCUCCCGCCCCCAGGAGGAGCACCGUCUCUCCCAGCUGGAGGAGGGCUGCCCUCCCGCCCCCAUCCCCCCCAUUCUCCCCACCCCCGGGGCCAAACAGACCCUCUACACCCAUGAGGAGGAGUACGAGGACCGCUCCGACUCCUCCGACUCACGAAUUCUCAACUCCUCCACCUGAACUUCCUGAACCACCUGAACCUAUGGGUUAUAUCUCUACCCCUGAACCUAUGGGUUAUAUCUCUACCCCUGAACCUAUGGGUUAUACCUCUACCCCUGAACCUAUGGGUUAUAUCUCUACACCUGAACCUAUGGGUUAUAUCUCUACACCUGAACCUAUGGGUUAUAUCUCUACCCCUGAACCUAUGGGUUAUAUCUCUACACCUGAACCUAUGGGUUAUAUCUCUACACCUGAACCUAUGGGUUAUAUCUCUACACCUGAACCUAUGGGUUAUAUCUCUACCCCUGAACCUAUGGGUUAUAUCUCUACACCUGAACCUAUGGGUUAUAUCUCUACACCUGAACCUAUGGGUUAUAUCUCUACACCUGAACCUAUGGGUUAUAUCUCUACACCUGAACCUAUGGGUUAUAUCUCUACACCUGAACAUAUGGGUUAUAUCUCUACCCCUGAACCUAUGGGUUAUAUCUCUACACCUGAACCUAUGGGUUAUAUCUCUACACCUGAACCUAUGGGUUAUAUCUCUACACCUGAACCUAUGGGUUAUAUCUCUACCCCUGAACCUAUGGGUUAUAUCUCUACACCUGAACCUAUGGGUUAUAUCUCUACACCUGAACCUAUGGGUUAUAUCUCUACACCUGAACCAAUGAAACAAUGAACCUAUGAAACAAUGAAUCAUGCCACACUGGCUACUUAAGCACCAAAACUGUCUUGUGAACGAAUCUUUAAUGUGAAUAAUGCAAGACUGGGUAUCAAGACAGGUUGUUGUCUCGUUUGAACUGAACUUUGUUGCGCAGCCAUCGGUCCCCUACAGGUAAUGUAGCUGAAUGCUAGGCUGUACCAUUAUCACAUGGAUAUGACCAAAAAGAAUGAAUGUAAAAGAAUGGGGUGGAUCACGUGUUUGUGAACAUUAAUCUCUUUCCAGACAGUAUGCAUGUAAUGUACUGUGAAUAAUCAUAUGUCCUUGAUGUUAAGAUCUGA